UUUUCAAACAUCCGACAUAACCUCAUAAAUUGUACAAGUUUACGUCAAAUCGAAUUGCAUCAAACACAAUCACCACCAGCACCGAGAGAAUGAUUUAAAUUCAACCAAAAUGUCACACGACGAGGAUUAUCUUCUUGCAUUGAAAUUACAAAAUGAAUUCGAUGCGCUAGAUGAAGCAGAAGCAAAUGAGUGGCCCACGGUAGAUCGUCCCAAUAAACGAAAGAACGAAUACGAUGAUAACAAUUUGAAUGCAACUCAAAAUCUUGUUCAUCCCGAAUGGGAGACGAUUGACCCGAUUCCGGACAUCUAUUCAUUAUUCGGUGCGUUUGACAUUAAAUUUUUUGGUGGCAAAUUGCAAUGUGUCGAACUUGAAUGGAGUAAACGCAUGUAUCAAUGUGCGGGAAUUUGCUAUCAACGCAGCAAUGGUUUGGGAAAAUCAAUUAUCAUUCGACUCAGCGAACCACUUUUGAAACUACGUAGCCGACGGGAUUUGAUACAAACAAUGCUGCACGAAAUGAUACAUGCCGAUCUCUUUAUCAAAAAUAUCCGUGAAGGAAAUGGCGGUCAUGGGCCAAAAUUCAAAGAAAAAAUGGAAUUGAUAAAUCGAGUUGCUGGCACAAACAUUACCGUCUAUCAUACAUUCCAUGAUGAAGUUGCAUUGUACAAGACACACAUUUGGCGAUGUAAUGGCAUUUGUCAACAUCGUAAGCCAUUUUAUGGUUGGGUCAAACGUACAUCGAAUCGAGCACCGGGUCCAAAUGAUAAUUGGUGGGCAAAACAUCAUGAAACAUGUGGGGGUACAUUCCAUAAAGUAUCAGAACCAGAGCCAAAGACAAAAGCAAAGAAAUCGAAAAUUGAUGAAAAUCGCCUACCAAAAAUAACCAACUGGUUAAAUUCAUCGCAAACAAAUACAAAUGAACCGAAAACAACAUCGAAUACGGCCAAAGGUGGCGGAUAUACAAAAAUGAAUGGUGGUGGUACCGUCGUACUCAAACCAACUGCCAAAAAUCGAACGUUCACAACUGUUUCGGAUAAUUCAAAUACGGGCAGCGUUCUGAGCACCGUUUCAGAUGCAGCGGCUGGUGGUAAUUUGCGAAAUGUUGUUGGAUUCCGUGAUUUAAAUGAUUCGGGUUCACAGUCAAGUGUUAUUCGACGACCGACAUUCAGUUCGGGCGGUUUUCAACUCGGAUCCACAACAAAUAAAUCACUAUCGUCUGCCUCACCAUCGGAAAAUAUUCGCAAUGUUUGGGCAAAUAAAUUUAAUGACAAUAAACCACCAGCGAAUCAAGCGUCAACAUCAACCGACCAUAGACAAACAAAAAACAAAACAAAAGUGACGGAAGCGUCGAGUGCAUGGGAAGAAAUCGAUGAUGAUAUCCUAAUUCAUUCGGUAAAAAAUGAAGUGAUUGAGAUAGAUGAUGGAAGCAACGAUGGUUAUCAACCAGAUGUCGAUAACAAUACUGUUGCACGCGAUGCCACACAUGAUGCAAAGCCAAACGUCACAAUCAAAAUGGAACUUCUGGAUGAUUUGGGUGAAGAGGAUGAAAAUAUCGAAAUGAUUGAUGAUGAGUUCGACGACACGAUGAAUGAAAGCUUAGAUUUAUUAACCGAUAACAAUGUUAUUUCCGAUCUAUUUGAUACCGAUACUUUAAUGACUGAAUUCAACAAUAUCAACAACGUUAUCAUGUCAGAUCCGGAGAAUGUUGGUAAUCCAAAUAUGGAAAUAAUUCAAUGUCCAAUAUGUGAGGAUCGAAUGGCUAGGGAUGAAUUAUCAUCGCAUCUGGAAGGCUGCAAUGGAAUUACAGUGAAAAUUGAUCCGAAAAAACGUGGCAAUAAUUCGAAACCAAUGCCAUUUUACAAGAAUCACGCAAAACCAUCGACCAGUCAGUCUUCGCAAACUUCGACAAAUGAACGCGAAAGAGAACUAUUGCUAAAAGCAGGCUAUACCCAAGAGCAAAUCGAUCGUUUGAACACCGACACACACGAGUCGCGAGAAUACAAUAAUCGAAUAAUGAAUGAAUUGGCAAAUGAUGAGCGUCAGCGUCGAACAUCGGUUAUAAGACAACAUUCACGAGAUAACGACGAUAUCGAAACAAUUACACUUGAUGAUGGAAGCAACAGCAGUUCCGUACCUGUCCCCGUACCUGAAAAACAUCCAUGUCCUGUGUGCAACGUCCCAAUCGAUGUCAAUCAAAUCAAUCAGCAUUUAGAUGAGUGCUUACAAUCACAAAUGAACUCUUAACAUGCUGCAGCUCCACGUCAGCAAUUGAUGCUCAUCAUACUAUCAUCGCCUUAAAUACAUUCUCGUUAAAUCAUUCAUACAUAUAUAUAUAUUACCGUUAGAAAAGAACAAUAUUUUCUGUAAAGUUCAUCAUCCUUUUGCAAAACAAAAUAAACCGAAGAAGAAAAAUAAAGCA